AUAAAAAUGAGUUACAUUAAUAGAAAAAUAAAAAAGUUAGUAUCCAAAUUUAAUAUAAAAAAAUUGAGUAAGGAUAAUUAUAAAGAAAAUGAAAUUCAAGUUGAAUCUGAACUUGAUUCAAGUUCAGUAAAUAUCAACCAUAAAAAUUGUUAUUACUAUAAUUAUAAACCAUGGUGUAAAGAAUGUGUUCCUCGUUGCAUAAUUGAAGGAUGGACCAGUGAAAAUCACAAUAUUGAUGAAUUUAUCAAGGAUACGAUUUAUAAUGCAAAGAUAAGUUUUAAUAAUGAUGAUGAUUAUUAUCCAUUAUUUCUUGAAUGGGUACCAUUUGAUAGAUUUGAAGAUAUAAAACAAAUUGGAGAAGGUGGAUUUGCUAAAGUAUAUUCUGCAACAUGGGUUGAUGGUCAAGCAAAAUAUAAAAGAAAAUAUGAUGGAAUUUGGAAAAAAAAAGAAUCCAGCCCAAUGAAAAUUGCCUUGAAAAGGUUAAAUGAUUCACAGAAUAUAUCAGUUGAAUAUUUAAAUGAGCUUCAAAUACAUUGUGAUUAUUGUAGAGAAAGAACUGAUUUGCUAAAAUUUUAUGGAAUGACAAAAGAUCCAGUAACCAAAGAAUUUAUGAUGAUUGUUGAAUUUUCAGAAAUGGGAAAUUUAAGAAGUGUACUUUCAAAAGAUUUUAAUAAUAUUUUAUGGAAAGAUAAAAUUAAUUUCUUAUAUAAAUUAUCAUAUGACCUUGAUAAGUUACAUAAAUUAGGAUAUUGUCAUAAGGAUUUUCAUAGUGGAAAUAUAUUACAGAUUUAUUAUGGUGGUAUAAUAAAGUCCAAUAUGUCCUAUAUUUCAGAUUUUGGAUUAUCAGGACCAUUAAAUAAACAAACAUCAGAUGGUAAGUUAUGUGGUGUGUUGCCAUAUGUUGCUCCAGAAGUAUUAAAUGGAGAACCAUAUACAUUAUCUUCUGAUAUCUAUAGUUUUGGUGUAAUUAUGACGGAAUUAUCAUCUGGAAAACCACCCUUUCAUAAAAGAAAACAUGAUACUAUCUUAGCAUUAGAAAUAUGUAAUGGACUCAGACCAGAAUUUGGAAAAGGAACUCCUGAAAUUUAUAAAAAGUUAGCUUAUAGAUGUAUGAAUGCUAAUCCUGAUCAAAGACCAACAGCAGAUGAAUUAAAAAAUAAUUUGAUGUUUUGGUAUAAUUCUCAUAUUUAUGAUAGGGAUGGGUAUCGAGAAAUAGAAGAAUUUGGUUAUAAAGUAAAAGAAAUUAAAGCCAUGUUUGAAGAAGCUGAUAAAGAGAUACCAAAUAUUUCAACUACAUAUGAAAAGAAUCCUGAUGCCGUUUAUACUAGUAGAUUAUUUACAUUUAGUAAUUUGCCAAAACCCAUUAAUUCACCUAUCAUUACUUCAUAUCUAAAUGAAGAAGAAAAUAAAGGUACCAUGUUCACAUCUUAUAUAAUCAAAUAAUUAAUUAUAUAAUAUUUACUAAUAUUAUCCUUUAACAGAUUGUCAAGAUUCACAAUUACUUGAUUUAGAGGUUCCUAGCUCAAGAGGUAUUUGAUUUAAUUUAUCAUACAUUGUUAC